AACCUAACUGAAUUUGUUCUGUGCUCCCAAGGGAAGCUCUGAAGACAUAGCCCUGAAAUCAGCUUGAAGUGAAACUCAGAGGAGAUAAUCACAGAAGGAGAUGGACUUCUCCUUAGAAUCUUGGGUUCUCCUGGCUCUCAGCCUGGUGCUUCUGUAUCAAUAUGGGGCCUAUCGACAUGGACUUUUUAAGAGGCUUGGAAUUCCUGGGCCUAAACCUCUGCCUUUCUUUGGAACUCUUUUUGGCUAUAGAAAGGGUAUAUGGAAAUUUGAUACAGAGUGCUAUAAAAAGUAUGGAAAGAUAUGGGGGUCAUAUGAUGGUCUACAGCCUGUGUUGGCCAUCACAGAACCAGACAUGAUCAAAGCAGUUCUAGUCAAAGAAUGUUAUUCUGCGUUUACAAACCGGCGGUUACUAGGUCCAGUGGGAUUUAUGAAAAAUGCAAUCUCCAUAUCUGAGGAUGAAGAAUGGAAGAGAAUACGAACACUGCUGUCUCCAACCUUCACCAGUGGAAAACUCAAGGAAAUGUUCCCCAUCAUUAAACAGUAUGGAGAUAUGUUGGUCAAAAACCUGAGGUGCCAAGCAGAGAAAGGCAAGCCUGUUGACUUGAAAGAAGUCUUUGGGGCCUACAGCAUGGAUGUGAUCACUGCAACAUCAUUUGGGGUGAAUGUUGAUUCUCUCAACAACCCACGUGAUCCAUUUGUGGAAAAAGCCAAGAAGCUCUUAAAAUUUGAUUUUUUUCAUCCCUUGCUCUUCUCCGUAGUACUCUUUCCAUUCCUCACUCCAGUAUACGAAAUGUUAAAUAUCUCUACAUUUCCACGGGAUUCUUUGAAAUUUUUCACAAAAUUUGUAAAACAGAUGAAACAAAAUCGCCUGGAACCUAACCAGAAGCAUCGAGUGGAUUUUCUUCAGCUGAUGAUGAACUCCCAGAAUUCUAAAGACACUGAGUCUCACAAAGCUCUGUCUGAUAUGGAAAUCUUGGCACAAUCAAUAAUCUUUAUUUUUGCUGGCUAUGAGACCACUAGUAACACUCUUUCUUUUAUUAUGCAUACAUUGGCCACUCACCCUGAUGUGCAGAAGAAACUGCAGUGGGAGAUUGAUACUACUUUGCCGAAUAAGGCAUUUCCUACAUAUGAUGCCAUGAUGGAGAUGGAAUAUUUGGACAUGGUCGUUAAUGAAACUCUCAGAUUAUAUCCAAUUGCUAACAGAAUUGAGAGGAUAUGUAAAAAAGAUGUUGAAAUCAAUGGAGUAUUCAUUCCCAAAGGGAUAGUGGUGAUGGUACCAACCUUUGCUCUUCAAAAAGACUCAAAGUACUGGCCAGAGCCUGAUGAGUUCUGCCCUGAAAGGUUCAGUAAGAAGAACAAGGAGAACAUUGACCCUUACAUAUACAUGCCCUUUGGGAAUGGACCCAGGAAUUGUAUUGGCAUGCGGUUUGCUCUCAUGAACAUCAAACUUGCUAUCAUUCGAGUUCUGCAGAACUUCUCCUUCCAACCUUGUAAAGAAACACAGGUCCCUCUGAUAUUAGGUGCAGAAGCUAUUCUUAAGCCAAAAAAACCCAUUAUUCUGAAGGUUGUGUCAAGAAAUGAGGCCAUAAGAGGAGUCUGAUCUUCCCUGGAAAUUUCUGCUGUGUUCUUUAGGGAGACUUUAAUUUACUGUUGAAUAAAACCGAUAUGAAGAUUAGAUUAAUAAACUGCUCUUGAAAAACUCUUAGGGAAUCAGUACACACUUUGGACUUGGUCCAUAUCUGUUUAGAUUGUAUCUGUUGUGAGUAAAUGAGUGUCAUACCUGUACAUUCACUUUCAUAGUUUCUCACAAGACUAUCUCCUUCUAUGCAUAGAGGGCACCAUCAAUUCCAUUUGAGCUCUGAUAUGAGGAAGCACUUUUCACUAAUUUUAUCAACAAUUUUUAAUGAAAAUGAGAAUUAUUGCUGUGACUUUAGUGUAAACUUUGUAUGGAAUAUAUGUAAUAUUUUGAAAAAAUUAUUAUUUAAAAAUGUGAACAAAAAUAUCUUUUGAUAAUAUAUGAUUUUUUUAAUGAACAUUAAGAGGGAAGCUAGAGAACAUAGAGAACCAGAAAUGAUUUUCAGUCAUCAUAGUCACUGGUCUUGUGGGCCCUUUCUCUGAUCUCAUUUGCUUACCAAGAUAGGUGGGUGUUAUUCCUCUGAUUUUUACCAUUGUUUGGAAAGUAUAUCCAUGAUUUAAUUCUACCAUUGUGAUGCAUAUGUUUUUAUGAAACUCAAAUGAUGCAUUAAUUACUUUAUUAGUUCUGAUUUAGCAUCAUCUUCCCAGAUAUUUCUGGAAGCAGACAAAUGUCCUUCCUUCCUUCCUUUUUUCCUUCCUUCCUCCUUUCCUUCAUUCCUUCCUUCCUAGGAAUGGAACACAUGAAUGUGCUAGGUAUGCACUUUAAUAUCAAGCUACAUCCUCAGCCCUAGAAACAUAUUUCCUUAUACCUCUUUGUAUUCUGUCUUCAACUCCCUGAUCCCUUAAUACAAUCAAAAUUAAACAACAACAGGAAAUACAAACCAGCUUUUGAUCAGGUGAUUUGGGGGCAACACUGAAAGAAUUUUCCCAGUUCCUUUAGCAACAGUAGUCAUAGAGAUUUCAUUCUUCUUUAUUGCUCUUUUUCUGCCCUUUCUGUGUAAUCCACUCCUAAAUCCAGUAGGUAAGGCACAACAUGAUGGCCACAGAGUGGAUUGGAAGAAAGAGUCAUGGUGGGUCCAGGUCAGACCAAGGUCGAUAAGAACAUAUCCAUGUGCAAGGGAAGCCUAGCAUGGAUCUGAUAGCUCCCAGCAAGGUGGGAAAGGGUGCACACCAAGAGGUGUCCUGGCACUAGCAGCCAUUGCCUAAAUAGGCUGUGGAGAACCCGAGUGUAGUAAGGAGGCAUCUAUGGGUGAGAAGGGAUGGAUGGAAGUUGGCUCUGUGAAAAAGAAUCUAUCAAAUAAAUAAAUGUACCAAUGAUAA